GAGCGGCGAAGGUCAGUCACAUCUGACGAACGAUUGAACGAACGGUAUUGCCAAGUUGUUGUUUUUUUUCCACUGGGCAACUGCGUACCUAAGAACUGAAACUACUGCACCUACCUCUAGGUAUCCAUCCACCCAUCCAUCCAUUCAGUUCAGUCUGAUUUUUCUUCUCUCUGCUUGGGCACUGUUCCAAGUUCUUUCCUCCUCCAAACAAACUUCACACCAUCCCUGUCCUUCUUGACUCUCCUCUUCGCGUCGCGGUCACUUCGUCUUGUCCUCUUUCCUCCCUUACGCGCCUAUUGUAUAUACGAUCUCCCCGCCCUUGACGUUUUGCGAACAACCUAGCUCAUUGCCAGGCGUUCUGAACGCUUUUGACGUUUGAAUUUUGGAUUCCUGUCUUGAUCUAAUCACAGCUGAGCUGGCCGACGAGCGACGAAACAUCCACCGUGUUUCCCCAAUAAUCACAAUAUUUAAUACGACUUCAAACUGUAUACGCUACUACGUAUCGACUAAUCCCAUCGAAAGCCCAAAGACGCGCGGCUCCCUUCUCACUCACUCGUCCCACGUCGGUAACGCGACGGGACCGAGUAGCGCAUGCGAUCAUGAGAACGGACUUUUUCCAUCGCUUACCGCCGCCAACGGCCAUUCUUCUUCUCGCCAGCCUUUUCAACAGCGUUGCUGCUCAUGUCGCCCUUCCGCCACUGCCAACAGUCACGGUUGCGCACUACGCUCUCGAUGUCGUUUCGUGGCCACUCCUCCUCCCCACAGCUGCCCCGCUAGAUCCCUUCGAUCUCGCGAGGAGACAAGCUGGAAAUACCAUCUGUGGCUAUAUCGGCGGGCUGUCGGCGCUUCCAGCGACAUGUAGCGCAGGAUCGCAUUGCGUCUUGGACACCGCGCACCAGGUGGUCGGUUGUUGUCCAGAUGGGGCGGCCACAUGUACGUCUGGUGUAUUCACCGCGUGUGUGGACGGCAACAGCGGGCCUCAGUCGGAGAUGAACCCCUACGUAUUCACAUGUACUGGAGCCCAAGUGUGUUACAAGAACAUGUACGAAGGAGGAGCCUCCCAGUUCGGGUGUGGUACAGCUGCCGACCAGGCGACAAUUGUUUACACUACCGCAAACGGACUUGCGGGGGCCAUCACUUACCCACAUAUUUCGGCCCUCUUGACGAAAAGUGCUAGUCGACUUGGCACGCCGACAACACUGGGGGUUGCUACCAGCACUAGCACCAGCGCGUCCCGAACCCUGACGUCGUCCUCGGCCUCGACGGACUCCUCAGCUUCGACCGAGUCCUCAGCCUCGACGACAAAUUCCUUGGUUUCUUCCGGGAGUACAGCCGGCACAACCGCCACAUCGACUACGACGGCUUCUUCUACCACCGCAUCCACGGAACCUUCUACUACACCCCAGGCACCACCAUCUAAAACUUCUACAGGAGCGCGCACCGGCGCAAUCGUUGGUGGAACACUAGGAGGUAUUGCCGCCUUAGCUCUCAUCGGCGCCCUCAUCUUGUACUUCCUCCGCCGGCGGCGCAGCGCCAACUCGCGCACCGGCCCUGGCCGCCCCGGAAUCAACGGCAAGUACAUCAGCUCUCCGACUCCUGGACCUAAUAGUGGCUUCGCGGCCGUAAGCCAAGAUCCUGACGCCUACGAGACGGGACCGGCUCCUGGCUACUUGCCUCCUGUUGCCCAGACAACGAAUGAAAAAGGUGGUUUCUCAAGCCAUCUGACCGCCGACGGCCCCUCGCCUUACGCGUACACAGGCGCGGCGGGCGUCGCUGGUGCGGUUACGACUGCAGCAUCAGCGCCGGUGGCUUCUUCCCCUACCCCGCCUGGACAACACAUACGACAGAAUUCAUAUCCGCCGACCGAAGGGUACCAUUACCCGGGCCAGUUCCCGGCUGCGUACGCUGGCGGGGCUGCUGCGCGGAAGAGCAAGCUCGAGCCGGACCAGGUGCCAUUAACAAGGGAAAUUGAUGCUUUUUCGCAAAACUUUAAUGCGGCGCUGGGAAGGAUUGGCGAGGAGAGGAGUAGCGAACUGGGGAGGGUUGAUGAGGACGCCGGUGGUGCUGGUGAUGGAAGUGAUAUUGGAAGCGGAAUGUCACGGCCGCUGUGGCAGCAGCAUCGCAGGCAGAGUCGGAACUUGAUGUGGAUGUAGGAUUGAGUGUUGAGUUUCCGUUUAUGGUUGUGGAAAUGUUCUGCGUUGUUUGGGGGUAUUGUGUCGACAUGGCGAAGGAGUUUUGUUAACUUGAGUAUUGCAGGCAAUGGCUUACCAUUAGCUGCCUGGGCUAUUCUUGCCUUUUGGUUUAUCUCUUUUCUAACAUCGGGAGAGACAGGAGUUCAAUGGCAUGUCUUUGGUGGCGUCAUUGGCGGGAUAAAUGGCGUGAAGAAGGAAAAUCCGUUGAGUGCGAAGAUCGAUAUCAGUUAGAGUGUGGUCGACCAUAAGGUGGGUUCAUGUGGAUAUCAGGAGUCACCUCUCCAUUUAGUGUAAUGAGCAAUGCCGCAGAAUGAGUGUACAAGGGAGUGUACGAGAUGACGAAUACACACACUACUUAUGAAUACACUGGCUCAAUAGAGUUCUGGAAUCAUCCACGUGGAAAACUUCAAGGAUGUCACUGGAGGCCCAAGGUC